AAAGAAAAAUGUUCUUCGAGCGAACCAUUCAGAGUCAGAUAAUACAAGAUGAGCUGUCACCACCCAAACAGAAUAUGCGGUACAGAAACCGUGGUCUUUACACAAUUGUGGACAAAGGGAAACAUUACCUGAAGCUGUUCCUCGAUACAUCAUCCAUACAUGGCCUGAACCAUUUAGUUGCCGAUAAGAGACAUCUUUUCGAAAUUAUCCUCUGGUUCACCAUCAUCUUACUGUCUGGGUUUGGGUCCCUGUACCUGUCCCAGAUGACUUGGAGUCGCUACCAGUCUUCGCCCACCGUGGUCUCUAUGGACAGGGACAUGUUUGCUUGGAACACCACCUUCCCUUGUGUCACCGUCUGUCCUAAUAACUACAUUGACACUAGGAAACUUGAAAUAUUCUUGCGAAACUCAAAAGAAGAAAAUAAAACUCGACUGGAGAACUUCAUCAUCAGCCUCGCCAAUGCCUCUUAUAGAAACUUCGAGAGCAUUCCUGUCUACCCAGACAUUAGUCCAGACAAAUACAUUCAGCUGUUGGUGAACUUGUCUGUGCUAUUCAAACCGUCCUUGACCAUUGGAGUAUCAAAUGUGGCUUUGUCCAUAGUUCCUACUAUAACGGAGAUGGGAUUAUGCUAUGCUGUCAAUUCCAGAAUGGCUGUUUAUAAUUCACCAGAGUAUAGAGAUGCAAAUCGAUGGGACAUCAUAAAUGACGAUACGAAAAGUUUGUUCAUUCAUCCAUUGGAUGGAGAAGUGUUUGCUCAAGUCAUGAAUAUUUCUACUUCAUAUGAUGUGUACAUCCACGGCCCCCAAGAAGUUCCGGAUAUAUCGACAAAGUUCCAGCGUUCGGCCAAAGGGUACUACAUGAAGUUGUACGUGACCGCGCUCACCGUCUACACCUCACCGGAAGCAGCUAAGUUAAGCGUCAACCAGCGUCGCUGUCGGUUUCCCCACGAGAACAACUUGAAACACAACUCGAUCUACACGUACACGAUGUGUCGCAUGGAGUGUCGCAUCCGACUCUGCUUGAAGUACUGCCGAUGUAUCCCCCACUUCUACAGGAGGAUCGGGGAUGAACAACUCUGCGAUGUCGAAGGUUUACACUGUUUAUCCAAAUAUAAAGAUGAGCUAUACAGGUUGCAGGACUCGAGCGGAAAAAAAGUAAUGUGCGGAUGUUACCCACUGUGUGAUGACGUCAAUUAUGUGUUGCAGUCCAAUGCUCUUCAAGAAUGGUUCCUGGGUACAAACCUCCAGUGGGGUAUGGUGACAUAUCCUCGCAUGAGGUACAGGAGGGACAUCAUCUUCGGCUUCACUGAUGUACUGGUUGCUGUCGGCGGCAUGGCUGGCCUGUUCCUGGGCUGCAGUGUGCUGAGCUUCAUGGAGAUAGUCUACUUCCUCACGCUGCGCCUCUUCUGCUACGCCCAGACUUCUAAAUAAGAACUUACCAACGUGGACAUCAUUUU